AUGUCUUUGAUUCCAUUGCUGUUCUCUGAUUGGUGGGAAGACCUGGAUCGUCCACAUCGAUUACUUGAUCAAAAUUUUGGUUUGGGAAUAUAUCCCGAACAAUUAUUGAAUUCAAACAUUCUCGAUCAAUAUAUCUUACCCAAUCGUAAUCAAAGAUUAAGAAAUCCAUUGAUAUAUUAUAGACCUUGGGGUGAACUUCUGCGAAAAAAUGAAGGAGGAGGCACAUCAACCGUGAAAGCGGAUAAAGAUAAGUUCCAAGUAAUUUUGGAUGUUCAGCAAUUUAAACCAGAUGAAAUUAAUGUCAAAAUCGUCGACAAGUGUGUUGUCGUCGAGGGUAAACAUGAAGAAAAACAAGAUGAGCAUGGUUGGAUUUCGAGACAAUUCACCAGGAGAUAUAUGAUUCCUGAGCAAUGCGAUAUUGAUCAAGUAACAUCUAGUUUAUCAUCGGAUGGUGUAUUGAACAUCACUGCACCUAGGAAGGAGCAACCAAAGAUCCAGAGCGAAAGGAAUAUAACUAUCGAGCAGACGGGUAAACCGGCAUUGAAGGAGAACACGGAGGAGAAGAAAGAAGAGAAGAAAGAAGAGAAGAAAGAAGAAAAUUAGAAUCUGAAAAUAUGUUGAAUUAUUGAUAAUAUUGUGUUCCUGCUUCUUACUGCUUUCAUAUUUCUUAAAAUUUAUUUUGUCAUUUAUUUAAUUCGAUUUUUGUAAUAUAGAUUAAAAAUUUUUUUAAAAUAAAUAUUCGAUAAAAUAUAA